GGCCGCGGGGGCGAUGGCGGCUCUGCUCCCCGCUGCGGCCUCUUCUCCCGCCGGGGCCCCAUCCCGUAGCAAGAAGCGCCCGUUGAGCCCCGGCACUGGCGGCGGCCCCGCCAAGAAAAAGAAAGCGGCGGCGCUGGGCAGCUCUCAGGGUGCAAGUGGAGAGACCAUGAAUGAAAACAAAUAUCUGAACACAGAUUCCAGCACAGGAUCAGUGGAAGCAACCAGCAAGCCAUUACCAUUUAAGGAUCCAAACUUCAUUCAUUCCAGCAUUGGUGGAGCAGCAGCUGGCAAGAAAAACAGAACUUGGAAGAACCUAAAACAAAUCCUUGCUUCUGAAAGGGCAUUGCCAUGGCAACUAAAUGAUCCUAGCUAUUUUAAUAUUGAUGCUCCUCCUUCCUUUAAGCCUGCCAAGAAAUAUUCAGACAUUUCAGGACUUCCAGCAAGCUAUACAGAUCCCCAGAGUAAACUGAGAUUUAGUACUAUUGAAGAAUUUGCCUAUAUUCGGAUGCUCCCUUCAGAUGUGGUUACAGGAUAUCUUGCUCUAAGGAAAGCAACAAGUAUUGUUUCCUAAAGGGACCAAAAGCAAUUGUAUUUCACUUGUGAACAGUGCUAGCACUUGGGAUCAUGAUGAACGCUGACCGCAGGAUUGAGAUUUUUCAAAAAUACAAGUUCGUACUUAUAUAUGGAAGUAGUUGAUGAUACCUGCAAUUCAAAGAACAUAUGGUUUUUGAUAAAUACUGAUAUUUGUUUGUUUGCCAACUUGUAAGUAAUUGGUCACAAGCUAACUUAAAUGUUAAGGAUAUAACAAGGAUAGCAUAAGGAUCCUAAUGCCUCAGUUACAUUUCUGUAGAAUUUCACACCCAUCCUCUAUAUUCUACAUAAUCCUGUUAUUCAGAAAAGGAAAAAGUCAUUUGAAUAAAGGAAAAGGUACCAGGAUAUUCUAAAAUUGCCGUGCAAAUAUGCUUGC